AUGGCUUCCAGCUCAAUAACCGUCAAUCCGACUUCAUUAACAGUUGCAUCUCUGUUGCCAAAACUUCACGAUGCGGAUCCAGAUUAUAGAUUCAUGUCAUUGAAUGAUCUUUUCCAGGUGUUGGAGAGUGGAAAACCGGAUUUCCUCCACCACGAUUACAAUACAGCUGCAAAGACUGUGGAUGGUGUUAUUAGAACGUUGGAUGAUCAAAAUGGAGAGGUACAAAAUUUGGCCAUCAAAUGCCUUGCUCCCCUUGUUGCAAAGUUACCCAGCAAUAUAAUUGCUCCUUUAAUCGAGAGACUUUCGACAUUAACAACUGAAAAUUCGGUUGACAACUCAAUACCUGCUAUGGCUCUGCGAACGGUUGUCAUCACUUUACCAAGACCGAUCAGUGGUGUUACCCCUUCAAAAGAUGUGCUCGAAGCAUAUUCUGCUAUUAGCAGAGUUUUGAUCCCAAGAUUAGUCGGACGUGUCGUUGCUCAAAAACCAAACAAAGGCCAAAACCUUCCAAACCCCCCACCAGGAAUGCUUGAUCCUUCCACAAAUACCGAAAUUGACUCCGAUGCUGUUGAUGUUUUGAUAGAAGUCGCAAGAUGCUUCGGCCCUCUUUUGCAACACACAGAAGUCGAAGCACUACAAAGUUUAGUUGUCGGUAUCUUAGAGACUGAGAAAGCUAGUUCUGUCGUCAAGAAGCGGCUGUUGUUGCAGUGUCUCUACUUGCUAUUGCCUCGCAAUCCGCAUUUGACACCUGUACAGAGACGUUUAUACAUUACUAUUCUCGGAUCGAUGGCUAGAUCCAUACCCUCGAGAUUUGGUCCUUACUUGAAAACUCUUGCGCCAUUUGUGCUUUCUGCGCUGAGCGAGCAAGAACUUCAAGAUCAGAUUGAAAACUCCGCGGAAGAUGGCGAAAGUAACCCGGAGUUGGACGAUGUAAGGGAAUCUGCACUUGUGGCACUGGAUGGCUUUCUAGCCUCUUGUGGUGCAGAAAUGCGAAUUCAUACAGAAGAAACAAUCGCAGCAGCUCUCAGAUUUUUGAAAACUCAAUCUGAUGAAGAUGAUAUGGCCGAUUUCGAUGAUGACGAUGAUUUCGAGGCAGACGCUGGAUUGACGACGAUGAUGACGACGCAAGUUGGAAGGGGUAGUGGUGAUCUACUUGAGGAUGGAACUCUAUACGCCCAAGUGGCGCCAACUCUUAUACAGAGGUUCAAUGAACGAGAAGAGAAUGUUCGCCUUGAAGUUAUUGCUACCAUGGCAUGUCUAAUUGGGAAAACUGGGGAGGGUGUUCUAGUCAACUUUUCGCCAGAUGAAUCUGCUGGUCUGACAUCACCAACUAUUGAGCCGCUACCUGUUUCGGGUCCCCGAACAGACUUGGCAAGAUUGACCCCUGUGAUUGUAAAGAGUAUUGUGAGAUUAUUGAAGACAAGCUCCAUUCCAACGAAGCAAGCUCUCAUCAACCUUUUGGAUGGUAUGGUUUCAGUUCAGGUGGGAGGGCUCUCAGAACACUUCGGCCAGCUUGUGGAUCCUAUCAUAGAUUCUAUCAAAACAUCGGGAGGUUCAUCGUCUACUGCAACUACUAGUGGCGGUGCUGCCUCGGCCACUGCAAAUACCCUGCGAAUUGCUGCUCUCAAGUUAUUGGGUGAUGUUGCGCAAACUCAUUCUUCGAGCUUUUACAAGAUUUCUGGUGAGGCUGUCGGUACAGCCGAACAACUCGUAAAGGCUUUGACACCUCCGAGAUCGAAGCCGGCGAAGUCAACUCAGCAAGAAGAUAUUUUGAAAUUAUAUCAAGUGAUAGUCGAUCGUGUAUCCGCUACCGAUGCAGAUGUUGAAGUUCGUCAACGUGCUAUACAUGCUCUAGGUAUCAUGCUUGCUCGCACAGCAAGUCCCGAGGGCUUAUCGCUUCUCUCAGAAACUAACCGAAGUUCUGCUCUCACUCUGCUUAGUGAUAGACUAAAGAACGAAACCACUCGCCUCGCUGCUGUAAGAGCUAUCGAUACUAUUGCGGUCGGUUCAAUUGAGGUUGGUCCAACCACUAAAGGCCAACUGCAGCCACCAUGGAUUCGAGAUGUCUCUCUAGAGCUUGCUGCACAACUCCGAAAGGCCAACAGAUCGCUUCGCGGUGCAAGUCUUGGAGCUCUGAAGAAUCUCAUUGUUUCUCCGGCAGCUAGAAGCUCUCUCGACGCUCCGACUGUUCAAGGCCUUAUCGACGCACUUCUUCCGCUCUUAACCACAGUUGAUCUUCAUCUUCUAGGUCCGGCACUACUAGUACUGGCUACUUUGGUGAUGGAUGAAGCAAAGCUUGUUGUUACAGACCAGCUAAAUCUUGCUCUUUGCGGGUUAUUAACCUCGUCAUUAAGUGGCGCUGUACUUGACGCUGUCCUUCUCUUGGUCGCCAAUAUCGGCAAGCAAGGAGUUGGUCAACCUUUGAUGAAAAGCUAUCGGAACGCUUUUGGUAUUCGGAGGAUCCUCAGUCGGAGUACACUUGACAACUUCUUGACCGAAUUACAAAACCCCUCCUCGGAUGAAGCUAGACAAUGCUUAGCCUUGGCUGUUCUCGGGGAAGCUGGAUUACAAUUGGGGGCAAAAUCGCCAUUGAAUCCAUCCACCUUCACAGCUCAUUUUAAAUCCUCUUAUGACAAAGUUCCUCUUGCUGCAGCAAUCGCAUUAGGACGCGCGGGAGCUGGAGACACACCUUUGUAUCUCUCAGAGAUAUUGAAUAUGAUUAAAGGUGGAGAUGAAUUUUACUUCUACAUUCUAUCAAGGAAAUACUUCAGCAAGCUGGCAACAACCCCACUGCCAUCACCCAGCACACCACUACUCUCUGGGAAAGAUUGCUUGCCGCUUCGCAAGCUGAGGACAACAAAGCUGUUGGCGCAGAGUGCAUUGGUCGGCUAUCUCUCCGACCCAAAUGCUUCAAUUAGAGCUAUGGUUAUUCAAGCUAUCCGUUAUACCUUAUCUGAUUUUGGAGAACCGUCGAUUGGCACUGACUACAUUGAAUGCUGCUGCGCACAACAAGCAGAUCUCAUCAACCCUAAUCUCAACCAGUUACUUCCAUUUGUUAUGAGUGAAUCGGUAAUAAAGGAAGAGUUGAUUCAUGAGGUAAUGAUGGGUCCUUUCAAGCAUAAGGUCGAUGAUGGUCUAGAGGUCCGAAAGAGUGCAUAUGAAACUUUGUAUGCUCUUAUGGAGACCGCGUUCUCACGUAUAAACAUACUUGAUUUUUACGAUCGUAUUAUCGCCGGUUUGAAAGAUGAGCACGACAUCCGAUCUCUCUGCAAUCUGAUGUUGAAUAAGUUGGUCAUCCUGGAUCCUGAUGAGACGGCUCGACGCCUCGACGCGAUUGCAGAUUGCUUCCGCGUUACUCUGUCGGUCAAAUUGAAGGAAUCAGCUGUCAAGCAAGAAAUCGAGAAGCAAGAUGAUGCAACCAAGAGUACUCUUCGCUCAACGCUGAAUCUGCAUGCUCGAAUUCCAUCAGCGAGCACAGGCAUGGGUGCGCAAAGCAGCCAACAUCAGACAUGGAGAACCUAUUUUGAAUGGGUAGAGAAGGAUUUCGAAGCGCAGUUGAAAUCACUGAGGGAAGAGAAAAAAGAUUGA